CUUGAACUCAUUCUGUUUGCAAGGGGACGAUCAAAUAUGGACCUGCAUCUAUCAUUUACAAUGAGCGCGGCCAUCGAGCAGAAGAAGAAGAACCUGACGUCAAUCCUGAAGAUGACAUGACCGUGGACGCACAAUCUGAGAGACAGUGUUCUCUACCAGGAUCAAGAACUCAAACUCCUGAUCCCCGCCGUUCACCCCCGGGCAGCUUUUCAAGCAACCGUUCAUUGCAUACUGGACACUCUAAUAGGGAAUCAGUAUACUCAGCAAUCCCGGAAGUCGUUUGCGAUAGAUCCGCUUCCCGUAAUGGAGGAGACGCCGAUCGUUUGCGAGGGCUAGAUACCACCCGGAGUCUUGGUAAUAGUAGCGUUCGGGAGAAAGACCGUGGGCGAACAAAGGACAAAGGCAAAGAGCGGGCCCGAGACAUUGACGCGUCGACAGAAGGAUCAAGUCCUCGUAGUUCUUCCGCGCUUGCCGAAGCACUGUCAUCCGUUUGGGGAUCAGCCAUCUCGCCUCUGAAGAGCCCGCCUUCCAUGAAGGGGGGGAAGUCCAGACUCGCCUCCUCGACAGGAACACCGUCAGUCAGAGGAGGCCAACUUCCACCAGAUCCGGCUCCUCCCAUCGGUUUCCCUGACGUUCAAGUCCCACAGUCGCCACGUCAUUCCGUUUCCGGUGUCAAAAAUACGGUGGAGGCGUCAAUCGAAGCGCCAGUCUCGUUGCCGCCCUCGGACAAUCAGGUUGAUCAUGCACACUCAGGCUCUCAUGUGGCUUCAGCUGUUGCAAGUCCCAAGAAGUCUGGCGCAGCAACGCCACUGGCAGCUGAAAGUCACUCAAUUUCGCCAGUGUCGUCGGAACCUGCUCCAGCGCCUGUUGAGUCUCUAUCUAAGCCAAUGUCACCUGUCAUUGCCCCCUUAUCUUCACCUCUGAUUUUAAACGACGAUUCCAAUCCUUGGACAAAUGCAACUGAUGCCCCGGAAGUCGAAUCAUCGAAUCCACCAGAGGAAACAUCCGUCCUGUUCUCUACCGAACCACUCGUGGCCAGCAAUAAUCUUUCAAGAUCGCUGAGCGGUAACAAGACGCCUAAAGCAGCUACGCCGAGGGUAGAACCCUCGCCAAAGCCAGAGCCAUUCACAUUAGCGGCUCUUGCAAGUCGGAUUGCUUCGUCUGCUUUCGGAGGCAAUGGAACCAGCAAAACGUCGAGGAUCUCUGGAUCAACUUCAUCGAAGGCAGGAUCCUCUCUAUCCCCUGUCGUUUCACAGGUUGCGGAGGUCAAAGUUCCUCCUCAAGCAGAUAAUAUGGCGCCUCCUCCUGACCCUACAGCGGAAGCGACAUCCCCGCAAAUUGUUGCAGCAAAAUCUCUCAUUUCAUCGCCAAGGCCACCAAAGUCACCAAUGGCACCCCUAUCUACUACACACUCACCCAAGCCAGAGACGACGGAACCUCUUCCAGAGACUUCUGCGUCAUCAAUAGAUCCGGCCCCUUCGUCGUCGCCCGAGGCUGAGGCUGAUGAGAUACCAGUUGAGGCAUCUUCUGCCGUUCCCGCUGUCCCAAAGUCAGCUGCUCCAUCCAAACCACCUUCGCCGAAACCAGAGAACAAGGUAUUCGAAAGCUCCGCAGAAGCGUCAUCGGCAGAAGGGCUAGCACUAGCAGAAGCACCAGGAAGCCCAGCACCAGUGGAACCAGCAGUGAUCGCACCCGUAGAACCAGCAACAGUCGAACCAACUGCUGAAACAGAACAUCCCGCCAUAGCAGAAGAAACCAUCUCAGACCUAGUAGUCAUGGAGACGACUCAAGCGAGUAGCACGGAGGCUGAAGCACCACCAACAGAUACAGCACCGCCGGAAGAAACGUCUAUAGCUGAUUUACCCAAAUCCCCCGUUCCGAAAACACCGCUGAAGUUGGAUACAGACAUCCCACCAACGACAGGUCCGUCGUCGGCGGCUGACGCGGCAACCACGUCCUUUACAGAGGCCGGAACUACCGACAAGGAUGAGGAGGCAAAAGAUGAUGAGGCAAAAGACGAGGAGCCGGAGGAACCCAACCAGAAUCAAGGUGCGAAGAAGAACAAGAAGAAGAAGAGUAAGAAGAAGUAAAGAGUUAGAGAUACUGGCACUUUCUUUCCCUUGGCCGUGAUGUUUUCACGUGGAGCAUAUGAUAUACGGUUAGGUAUAAUGUCUUGCUUAAUUUACUUCAGGAAUUCUGCUGGCUCGAUGCUGGAUUCAUGGAACA